AUGGGGAGAAAACUAAAGGGGAAAUCAAUUCAAUCUAAAGGUUUAAAAGGAGCAUUAAUACGACAUCAAACAAAAGAACAAACCCAAGCUAAAUUACUUAAAAAUGCAGAAAUUUCAAAUGAAAAUAAAUUAAAUAAGAUUAAAUCAAUGAAAACUUCUAAAAAAUCUAAACAAAAUAAUAAAUUACAUGGAAAUAAAGGAAUAUCUAAAGGAUUAAUGCCAUUUUUAAAUGAAGAUAAAGUAUUAUUAAUUGGAGAAGGGGAUUUUACAUUUGCUAAAUCAUUAAUAUUACAAAAUUAUUUAAUACCUGAAAAUUUAAUAGCUACAAGUUUUGAUUCAUAUGAAGAAUUAAUUUUAAAAUAUCCAAAUGUUGAUGAAGUUUUAAAAGAAUUAAAAGAAUUUGGAGUUAAAAUUAUUCAUCAAGUAGAUGCUACUAAUUUACCAUUAACAUUAAAAUUAAUUCAAAAUUCAAAACAAAAAAAAAGCAAAUAA